AUGCCUCCGCAAGAAGACGCCCUUUUGCGGCGCCCACUCUACAUCUACGACCUGCCUCCUGAAGUCCUCGGCUCACUUACUCUCAAGGCCGACGCCGACGCAUCCAACGAGCCAGAAAACGAAACUUCCACACCGAACGAAUCCCGACCUCAAACACCAGAAAUUACCGGAACCAGCUCCUCCUUAGUGGGAUCCCAAGCUUGCUCGCUUUGUGGUCUAUCCUUUGAUGGCCUCGAGGAGCAACGAAGUCACCUCAAGUCCGACUGGCACCACUACAACCUGAAGCAGAAGCUGCGUGGGCUCAACCCGGUAUCGGAACCAGAGUUUGAAAAGCUAAUCGGCGACUUGGAUGAAAGUCUAUCGGGAGAGGACGACUCUACCGAGGACGAAGAUGAACAGGCCAAGGGCGACUCGACGCUCGUCACGCUUUUAAAGAAGCAAGCAAAUAUUGUGGACAAGAGCAGGAAAGACAAGAGUGCUGAAGAAGAAGGUGAAAGCUCAAAGAACCCGCGCGGAUCAGGCACACCACCCUUAAUAUGGUUUACCUCUCCCCAACUGCCAGAAAACCACUACUAUGGCAUCUACAGGGCAAUAUUCACAAAUGAGGAGCUGGCAACAGAAGACAAGAUCCUAGAUUCCGUCAAGUCCCGUCAGCUCGCCCCAAUAUCCAUGCCCAAACCACUCACAAACAAGGACGGCACAAUGGGUCCAUCUGCAGCGACCUACACCGGGAGACACAUCUUCAUGUGCAUGAUAGGUGGUGGCCACUUUGCCGCCAUGGUUGUCUCCCUGGCGCCCAAAAAGUCCAAAUCAUCCGCCCCGCUGAACCGCGAGGCGACCGUCCUCGCCCACAAGACCUUUCACCGUUACACGACGCGCCGCAAGCAGGGUGGUUCGCAAUCGGCCAACGACAAUGCCAAGGGCACCGCGCACUCGGCCGGUUCGUCGCUGAGGCGAUACAACGAGCAGGCCCUGGUGGAGGAUGUGCGGAACCUGCUCGCUGACUGGAAGGGUCUGCUUGACACUGCUGAUCUGCUGUUUGUACGCGCUACAGGCGUCACAAACAGGAGGACCUUGUUCGGGCCGUACGAUGGUCAGGUGUUGAGGGCAAACGACCCGAGGCUCAGGGGUUUUCCGUUUAGCACAAAAAGGGCGACGCAGAACGAGCUCAUGCGGUCCUUUAUCGAGCUCACAAGACUCAAGGUCCGGGAGAUCCUCCCCGUGGUUGAGAAACCACCGCAGCAGGAACAGAAGCAAGCUCCGGCGCCCAAGCAGGCCCCUGUCAAGAAGCUCAGCGAGGAAGAGGAGACGGCACAGCUCCACACUCAACAAAUGCAGGCCCUCAUCCGACGAUCCAAACUUCCCUCACUGCUGACCUACAUCAAAAACAACAACCUGUCCCCCGACUUCCGCUUCCACCCUCCCGAGACGCAACAAAACCACCACGCGCCAACCCCGCUUCACCUCGCAGCCUCGCUCAACUCGGCAACGGUUGCGCACGGUCUGAUGGUCCGAGGCGGCGCGAACCCUACAAUACAAAACGGCCAGGGCCGCACGGCCUUUGAGCUCGCGGGCGACCGGGCGACAAGAGACGCCUUCAGAGUUGCGCGGGCCGAGCUCGGCGAGGACAAGUGGGCAUGGGACGAGGAGGGCGCCAAGGUCCCCGCUGCGCUGACGCGCGCCGAGGCCGAUCAGCGCGAGGAGAGGGAGGCCAAGAAGGAGGCGGACAGGCGCAAGGCCGAGGAGGAGAGGUUGAAGCGGGAGGAGGCGGCAUCCGGGGCCAAAAAGGGCGGUGCCAGUGCGAGGAAAGGAGGCGGCUUGUUGGAUGGUACGGUGCCCAAGACAGCGCAGGAUCGCAGAGAGGAGGAGAUGAGGGGCUUGACACCGGAGCAGAAGAUGAGGAUUGAGAGGGAGAGGAGAGCGCGUGCCGCUGAGGAAAGGUUGAAGAGGAUGCAGUCUGGGUCAUAA